CCCAUAAAAUGCAUGAAUUAGUAGAGAUCGAAAAAGCUUUUAGGAUGAGGAUGGAAGUACUGAAAAAUAGGAAAGAAAAGCUUGAAAAACAGCAUGAAGAUUGGAUAAAGAAAAAUGAUAUAUUAAAAACACUUAAAGAAAAUAACAACUUGAGCAUGGAUCAAACCCAAAAAGAUAUCCUUAGGCGGAAACAAAUUUGGAAAGAAGUAGGUGAUGAGUAUGCUAUUGAACUGGGUAGUGAAAUUAAUAAACUAUGUAGACUGAAAGAGGAAGCCAUUGAAACUGAAAGUAGCAAGGUAAAACAUUUUGAACAACAUCUAACAAACAAACUACAGCUGAUAGAAGAUAUAAGAAUUAGUAUGGAUAUGACAAAAUUCUUUGAAGAUACGAAAGCACUUGAGGAUGUAAAGGAGAUGCCAAACGUUAAUCUGAAUCACAGUCAACUUACAAAUUUUGUUCCAGGUCAUAUCCAUCAGUCUUUAUUUGGACCAAUUCAAUAUGAGAUUCAAAAAGACAAAAUAAUUAGAAUAGAAGCCAUCAAAGAGUACACUACAGAAUUAGGUCUAGUUACUCAAAUAUUACGUUGUUCUGAGAAUACUUUCUGGAUACAUGAAUCUAAUCCAGAUACAAUACAGAAAGUAUCAUUACAACAUGACAGUACGAUUAAAGUACUAUCACGAAUCAAUAAGUAUGCACUUCGAACAGCACUGACAAAAAAUGGUGAUUUCCUUAUUUCUGAACGAACUUCAAAUCUGAAGAUUUUAAAACGAAAUGAAAACGAAUUGAGAAAUUCAAUAUAUAAUUUUACACCGUAUAUUACAACAGCAAUCCAUAUUAAUGACGAAAACAAACUGAUAGUAGGAGCUGUAAAGAAGUUAUAUAUAGACUACUCAGAACCAGGUGGAGGUGUUGUUAUGGUGGUGAAUAUGGAUGGAAACUAUGAAGCCAAGUACAAACUUGAAAAUAACAAUGAACAUUUGUUUACAGAUCCAAAACAUAUAACUUCAACAAACAAUGGGAACAUUUUCAUAAUAGACAGGAUUACAGAGGACUGGAGAGGAAGAGUAGUUAUCCUACAGAAAGGAAGUGCUAGUAACAUUUAUACAGGGCAUACUGAUAUUAACUCUAAGAAUCAUCCAUUUAAACCAUGCAAUGCAGUGGCUACACCAAAUGACAAUGUUAUUGUAUCAGACGUGUUCAAUAAUACCCUACAUUUUCUGGACAAUUCGGGACACCUCCUAGCCUACUGUAAUACAGUAGAAGAUGAAAUCCUACUUCCAUAUUCAAUGCUUUGCAGCAAACCAGGAAAACUUUUGAUUGGAAGUUCAACACCGGAAAUUGGGAAUCACAAAGCUAGCAUUUAUGAAGUAGAAAUACGAAAUAAUUUGUAAUUUAAAUAACUGUGGUUUGAAGC